AUAAAGAACAAAAUCAAACGAGAAGAAGUCUCUCGAAAAAACAAAAAGGCCAAAGGGCAAGCUAAGCUUCAAAAACGGCUUGCACAAGCCAAGCUAGAGGCGAGCGAUCCUGCAGUAAAGAAACAACGCUUAUCUGAAAAUGUUCCCCGUACACUCGACAACACCCGCGAAUUCGACCCCUCAUUUCUCACUGCAGACCUAUCUUCUGUUACCCCAGAGAAUACAGCAUCUCAACCGACUGCAGAACAUGCCGCCGACAUAGCAUCUGAUCCCUUUUCGUCUUACUUUUCGUCGAGUUCCGACCCAACCGUUCCACCAAAAGUGCUCAUCACUACCUCACCCAAGGCUACGCGCGUGACCUACGACUUCUGUGAAGAGUUAGUUGGAAUAUUCCCCGGCGCAGAGUUUCACAAACGCCCCAAAAAGCGUGGGUUUGAAAUGGGGAAGAUCGCAGGAUGGGCGGCGGGCAGAGGCUACUCGAAUCUCAUUGUCGUAAAUGAGGACACGAAGAAACCAAAUGCAAUCACUAUGGUUCACCUCCCCGAUGGACCAACUGCCUACUUCAAACUCACGACGAUCCAACUCACAAAGCAGAUUUUUGGUCAUGCCCGGCAUACAGCCCAUCAUCCCGAGCUCGUCCUCAAUAAUUUUGCUACACGAUUGGGUCACUCGGUUGGAAGGAUGUUCCAGACCUACUUUCCGCCCUUGCCAGAAUUCCAAGGUCGACAAGUCGUCACACUUCACAAUCAACGUGAUUUCUUGUUUUUCAGGCGUCAUCGAUACGCUUUCCGCACACCUGAAAAGGUCGCACUCCAAGAGAUUGGCCCGCGGUUCACUUUGAAGCUGCGCUCGAUGAAAAAAGGUCUC